AUUAAUGUGUCCGGGGAAGCCCUGGGAGCCAGAAUUCAAACUCAAGAAACUGGAUUUGGUUGGGAGAAAGGAGUAACAGACUGUUGUUUAAUGUUACAGACCUGAUAGAAAUGUUGGAUUGAUUUGAACAUCAUCUUUUAGGAGCUAAAGUGGAUGUUGAAUGUGUUUGAGCUCACCACAGCUGUGAGGCUUUAGCAUCUGGACCAUGUUCUCCUCCGCCACCCCGUACAAGAACCAGCACUACUCUGAACUGAAGAAGGACUGCAUCAAUGACAAAAAGCUGUUUGAGGAUCCAGAGUUCCCACCAACCAACUCAUCGGUGUAUUUUAAGAAACCGCCGCCUGGUUUUGUGGAGUGGAAACGACCAGGGGAGAUCAGCAAUGAUCCCCAUCUGUUUGUGGAGGGCAUCAGCUCCCAUGACCUGAACCAGGGAGUUGUGGGAAACUGUUGGUUUGUUGCUGCCUGCUCCUGUCUGGCUACCAAACCAAACCUCUGGAAAAGGGUAAUUCCUGACCACAAAGAGCAGGAGUGGGAUCCCAAACACCCAGAAAGGUAUGCUGGAAUCUUCCAUUUUCAGUUCUGGGUGUUUGGAGAGUGGCUGGAUGUGGUGGUGGACGACCUGCUGCCCACAAUCAACGGUGAGCUCAUCUACUGUCACUCGAAAGACAACAACGAGUUCUGGAGCGCUCUGCUGGAGAAGGCCUACGCCAAGCUCUCCGGCUGCUAUGAGUCCCUGGAGGGGGGAAACACUGGGGACGCUGUGGUAGAUUUCAGCGGUGCUGUGUCUGAAGCCAUCAGCCUGGAGACGAAAGAUUACUAUAAGGAUCCGAAACUACAAGAGCAGCUGUUUGAGGAUCUGUUAAAGGUCUACGACCGUGGAGGAAUUAUAAGCUGCUCCAUUAAGGCACAGCCUCAUGAAUAUGAAGCCAGGAUGGCUAAUGGGCUGGUGAAAGGCCACGCAUACUCAGUAACUGCAGUGAAGAAAGUGCGCUUGGGUCACGGGCUGCUGGCCUACUUCAAGAAUGAAACCAUUCCUCUGAUCCGCAUGAGGAACCCCUGGGGCAAGACUGAGUGGAAAGGAGCCUGGAGUGACACCUCUGAGGAGUGGUCAAAGGUUGGUGAUACAGAGAGGGGUACCCUGGGCAUCGUAGUAGAGGAUGAUGGGGAGUUUUGGAUGUCAUUUUCAGACUGGUGCAAGUUCUUCACGGAUGUAGAUGUCUGCCGUCUUAUCAACACCUCUGUGAUCAGCGUCCAUAAGACGUGGCAUGAAGUUGUGCACUUUGGGAGCUGGACCAAAAAUGCAGAGCCACUGUUAAACCGAUGCGGGGGCUGUGCUAACCACAAGUUGACAUUCCUGCAGAACCCACAGUUCCUGUUUGAUGUUACAAAGGAAGCUGAUGAGGUCCUAAUCUCCCUGCAACAGAAAGACAUGAAGAUCCACAGAAAAUAUGGUCAAGGAGAAAAUCUAACUAUGGGCUUUGGUGUCUUUAGGGUGGAACUGAACAGGAAGUAUCGGAUGCACGACAUCCUGACCCAACAGAGCGUGGAGACGUCCACCUACAUUAACGCUCGGACCGUGUUCAUGAGAUGCACGCUCCCACAGGGCCGCUACAUCAUCAUACCCUCCACCUUCAAGCCCUACACGCUGGGGGAAUUCAUGAUCCGAGUUUUCACUGAUGUGGACUCGGGCUGCAGGGAGUUAAACGAGGAUAAGCCAAAGGUAAAAUGCUGGAGUUCGUUCCUUGGAUACCCACAAGCUGUGAGUCACGUUUACGUCCACGGAGCUGAGGACCUGCAGAACCAGGACAGUAAUGGAGGUGCAGACCCGUAUGUGAUGAUUUACUGUGAGGGCCGAUCAGUACGAUCCACCAUCAGGAAGGACACCCUGACACCAGAGUUUACAACCAGCGCCAUUUUCUACAGGAAGAAGCCCAGAAAGCCCAUAACUGUGCAGGUGUGGAACAGCAACGCAGUGAAGGACGAGUUCAUGGGCCAGGUGGUGUUGUCCGGGUCCCCCAAGGACACCUCGGACCCUCAGAGGCUUCAGCUGAGGAAGAGAGGGCGGCAGAUGGCCGACGAGAUGCCCGGCACCAUCAGUCUGAGGGUCGUCACGGCUACUCAGCUGACCGCCAUUUAACCUCGUUACUGACACGAGAGAGCGAUUAAUGCUUCUGUGAAAAACAAUAGGGCGAACAUCUUACUCGUAACAUCAUCAAAGCACCAGUUAUGGUUCAAUUUUACAUUAUUAUUUGCACGUUGGUGAAUUGUUUGCAAAGUUGAGAGGUGAGCAGGGCACUAGUGGACCAGCUGAAUGUCAGUUCCUGUCAUUUAAAAAAAAAAUUAAAUGAUCUUUAUUACUUUUUACAUAAUGUCUGUGUAAAUUAUAAAAUAUUUUUAUAUUGGUGUUUUGAAAUAUAUCAUUCCUCUUAUAUGUUGCACUCUAGAUACUGUGAGUGAUAUGGCAGUCAUUUGUCAUUCAAGUCUUAACAUUCAUUCAUACAUAUUUUUUUUGUUCUUUCUAUAUUGCAGUCACCUGUUUGCAGAAAAAACCUUACAGUACACCACACAUAAUUAAUGUAUCAUGUAUUCCUUAAAUGCAUCUUUUGCUCUUUUCUUCCAUCAGUUCAUAGUAUCAUGUGUUGGUGUCAUGAUUAUUAAAAUGUUCUUCAGAGAGCACAGUUUGAGUCACUGUGUCUUAUUGAAAAAUGUUUUGAAUUUAACCUGAUUGAGCCAUCGCUACCAUUUGGUUCAGGCCUCUUAUGUGGCUGUUAUAACUGAAUAGAAUAAUAUACCUAACCCUAACCAUUGACAGUAAAAAAAAAGUCUUAAAAAGGUCAUGUCAUUUUCAAAAACAAGCGCUACCAAAUACUAUAUU